AAGACACACGCACGCAGAGUUCAGCGCACACACUCAGACGCACUGCAAACUCUCCACAGGAAACUCUGAGCCAUAAUGUGAAGGCAUCUCAGAGCAGACGGGUGCAUUGCUCAAACCAAGUGGGAUACGGUGCGGCUUUGAUAGUGCGUUAAUUACUCAUGUGAUGUGAUACAGAUGUCUGGGGGCUUCAGCUGAAAGUUUGCCUGACGGUUUCCAAGGGGGCCAGGCAGACAUUUUAGAAGCGUGAUAUAUUGGGACAGUCUUUCAAUCAGUGAAAUCAAAGCGCCCCGUGCGUUCAAUAAUGGCCGCCCCAGCUGGGCAUAUGUUGGUGCUAAUGGCCUGUAUAGCAGCCAGAGGAAUGUGCCAGGCAAACGGAGCAGAAGCCGAGGAGGACUAUCUCUCCGACGUCCUGGUCCACUCCACCCUGCAGUCUCCGGGUUUCUUCAGCACCGCCAGCCCGAGCGUGGCCCCCGGUCUGCGCCUGGGGUCCCGAGCAGCCGAUGGGCAAGCUCUGGGAUCCAGCUUUCCCAACGGAACAGUCGAAAGGAGGCCAAUGCCACCACCGAUGUGCCUCGUAACGACCUCUAUUAACAACUACUUUAAGUACAUCAACACCAUCAUUUCCAUUGUAGUCUUUGUGGUGGGCUUGGUUGGAAACGCCACCCUGCUGAGGAUUAUAUACCAACACAAGUGCAUGAGGAACGGGCCCAAUGCCCUGAUUGCCAGCCUGGCCCUGGGCGACCUGAUGUACAUCGUUAUUGACAUCCCCAUCAACGUAUACAAGCUCUUGGCCUCGCACUGGCCGUUUGAUUACAACAAUGUCGGCCGUUGUCUGUGUAAGCUGGUUCCAUUCCUGCAGAAAGCCUCAGUGGGCAUCACGGUGCUCAACUUGUGUGCACUCAGUGUGGACAGGUACCGGGCCGUGGCCUCCUGGAGCAGGGUGCAGGGAGUGGGCGUCCCUCUCUUCACAGUCAUAGAGAUCGUGACAGUUUGGGUGCUCUCCCUUUUCUUAGCAGUCCCAGAGGCUGUCGGUUUUGAUAUGGUCACCUUCAACCACACCGACGCUACCUUACGCACGUGCAUGCUUCACCCAAAGACGGACUUCAUGAAGUUCUACAGAGACGCAAAGGACUGGUGGCUGUUUGGCUUCUACUUUUGUGUCCCGCUCAUCUGCACUGCUGUCUUUUACACACUGAUGACGUGCGAGAUGCUCAACCGCCGGAACGGCAAUCUUCGCAUUGCCCUCAGUGAGCACCUAAAACAGAGGAGGGAGGUGGCCAAAGCGGUCUUCUGUCUUGUCCUGAUAUUUGCCCUCUGCUGGUUCCCACUGCACCUUAGCAGGAUUCUCAAAAAGAUGGUUUAUCACCCAAAUGAUAAGAAGCGCUGUGAACUGCUGAAUUUCUUGCUGGUCAUGGAUUACUUGAGCAUCAACCUUGCAACAAUCAACUCCUGCAUCAACCCCAUCAUUCUCUACUUUGUGAGCAAGAAGUUCAAAAACUGCUUUAAGUCGUGCUUGUGCUGCUGGUGUUACUCCGACAACCAGCUGAGCAGCAUCGGACCCAUGAACGGUACCAGUAUCCAGUGCAAGAGCCCCGAGCCCAACAACCUCCACACGGACCGGAGCAUCAGGAAAGACAGCAACUGACCUCUGACCCCAGCAGCACUUUGAAGACUUUCCAGCUCGUGUUUGAAAAACAAACCGAUACUCAUCCUCAGGCCUGUACACACGCAAACAUCGUUUCUUCAGACAAUAAACACGCCGCCGACACAUGCAGGGAAGGACGAGGAACUGGAAGCAAAAAAGGAACAAACAAUGGAUUUGGUGUACAAUGCUCUGAGUUUCCUGGACCCUUCGGUUGGGGGGGUGGGGGGGGGGUUAAACUUCCUAAUGCAAAGUCCUUCUGUUCCCACACCCACGGACAGUGACGCUGAAACAAGGAGGGGGGGGGGGGGGGGGGGGGGGGGCGGGGUGAGCAGAAUGAGGAAGAGGAGGAGGAGGACUCUUUAAAAGGGACGUAGCUGAAUGCUGGCUAUAAAUGACUUUCUAUCAGCAGCCGAGCGCGCUAUUCCUGUAAAGGGCAGCACUACUGGGAAAGAUGCUCGGGGGAGGAAAAAGGCUGACUGCUCACUGUCAGAGGAGAUGAUGAGAGACGAGUGUGUGCUGUCCCCUGGAGUUCGCUACUCACUGACGAGGAAAAACAGGAAAGCAUGUUACUGACUCCAGCAACAAUUAAUGUUCCAUCAAACGUGCGAGUGUUUGGAGGCCGACAGUGUAUUUUACUUGUACUCAUUAUUCAUCGAGCUGCUUUAUGGUAGAAGAACAACAUUAUUUAAAGUUCAUUUGCAUGGUGUUUGAUUCAUAAAGAUUUGUCAGAUUCAUUGAGAAAACCCAAAGAAAUGUUUCCAUUAACAGAAACAUUCAAUUUAUUUAGAAUUAAGAAAAAGCCCUCAAACCUCCAAACUUAUGGCUAUUUGUAAAUUUUCUCAUUGAAUCAUUUUCUUAAAAUUUAGUACAGGGUAUUAGAUUGUUGGAUCAGGAAAACAAUGGUGGUGGUGGCGGGGGGGGGGGGGGGGGGGGGGGGGGACAAGAGCUUGGCAACAAUAUGAAAUAUCUAAAUAUCUGACACCACUAAUGAAUGAAAACAGAUUCUUUUUUUCAACAACACUGUGAAUUUCACCUGAACUAUUUAUCAGUUAUUGUUAUAUCCAUGCCUAUGUAUUCCGUGAAACAUAAAUAUAUGUACAGUGUCCACUUUUAUAAAGUGUUAUAUGGCAGUAUUAAUGAAUAUUUUACUCAGACUACAUUACAUUUGUAAUGACAUUGAUGCAGGAGGUUUUGAGUAGUUGCAGACUCUCUAAACAGUGAACGUUUUCAAGGAUGCAGUUUUACUUUCAUGUCACUGAGUUGUGAAAUCAGUAUUCUUGUGCAAGCAGUAUGUGUAAAGCUACAGCCAGCUAUUUCACUAAGACCAAAAAAAAAAAAUAGAUAAAAACAGACCCACAUGUUGUUUAAUACUUUCUUUUCAUUAUUAUUAGUUUCAUAA